AUGAAGUCCGAGUUGUGUAAACCCGCCACCAUGCUCUGGAUUCUUCCAAGCUCAACUACUGGAAAGCCAAAGCCCUCUGGGCCAAGAAGACAAGAGGGCAGCCCAAAGACUACAAGAAGGGGAAGCGUGCGCAACACGAAGUGUCUCAUAAUUGGGGCUGGACCCUGUGGCCUUCGUACAGCCAUCGACCUGUCCUUGUUAGGAGCCAAGGUGGUGGUCAUAGAAAAGCGAGAUGCCUUCUCUCGCAACAAUGUGCUGCACCUGUGGCCAUUCACCAUCCACGACUUGCGGGGCCUUGGUGCCAAAAAGUUCUAUGGCAAGUUCUGCGCAGGAGCCAUCGACCACAUCAGUAUCCGUCAGCUCCAGCUCAUCCUCUUGAAGGUUGCCUUGAUCUUGGGAAUAGAGAUCCAUGUCAACGUGGAAUUCCAGGGGCUUAUCUAUCCCCCUGAGGACCAGGAGAAUGAGAGGAUAGGCUGGCGUGCACAGGUCCACCCAAAAACACACCCGGUGUCAGAGUACGAAUUUGAAGUGGUCAUUGGAGGAGAUGGCAGGAGAAACACUUUAGAAGGAUUUCGUCGGAAGGAGUUCCGUGGUAAGUUGGCAAUUGCUAUCACAGCAAACUUCAUCAAUCGCAACACCACAGCCGAAGCCAAAGUGGAGGAGAUCAGUGGCGUGGCCUUCAUAUUUAACCAGAAGUUCUUCCAGGAUCUGCGAGAAGCCACAGGUAUUGACUUGGAGAAUAUUGUCUACUACAAAGAUGACACUCACUACUUCGUCAUGACGGCCAAAAAGCAGAGUUUGCUGGACAAAGGGGUGAUACUGCAUGACUACGCAGACACAGAGCUGUUACUCUCACGGGAGAAUGUGGACCAGGAGGCUUUGCUCAGCUAUGCCAGGGAAGCAGCUGACUUUUCUACCAAUCAGCAGCUGCCGUCACUGGACUUUGCCAUCAAUCACUAUGGGCAACCCGAUGUGGCCAUGUUUGACUUCACAUGUAUGUACGCAUCGGAGAAUGCAGCGAUGGUGCGAGAGCAGAAUGGUCACCAGUUGCUCGUGGCGCUGGUUGGGGACAGUCUGUUAGAGCCAUUCUGGCCAAUGGGCACUGGAAUAGCCAGGGGCUUUCUGGCUGCCAUGGAUUCUGCUUGGAUGGUACGAAGCUGGUCUCAGGGAACUAGCCCUUUGGAGGUCCUCGCAGAGAGGGAAAGCAUUUACAGGCUGCUGCCUCAGACCACUCCUGAGAAUGUGAGUAAAAACUUCAGCCAAUACAGCAUCGAUCCUAUCACCCGGUAUCCCAAUAUCAACGUCAACUUCCUGCGGCCAAACCAGGUGCGCCACUUGUAUGAUACAGGAGACCUGAAAGACAUUCACUUGGAAAUAGAGAACUUGGUGAACUCCAGGACACCAAAGCUGACACGGAAUGAGUCUGUAGCUCGUUCCAGCAAACUGCUUGGUUGGUGCCAAAGGCAGACUGAUGGGUAUGCUGGUGUGAAUGUAACAGAUCUCACAAUGUCAUGGAAAAGUGGCCUAGCCUUGUGUGCUAUUAUCCACAGAUACCGUCCUGACUUGAUAGACUUUGAUUCUCUAGAUGAACGCAACAUGGAGAAGAAUAACCAGCUGGCAUUUGACAUUGCUGAAAAGGAGUUUGGAAUCUCUCCUAUCAUGACUGGAAAGGAAAUGGCAUCUGUUGGAGAGCCAGACAAGUUGUCAAUGGUGAUGUACCUCACACAGUUCUAUGAGAUGUUCAAGGAUUCCAUCCCUUCCAGUGAGACACUGGAUCUGAACGCAGAAGAGAAAGCUGCGCUGAUUGCCAGUACCAAAUCUCCAAUCUCUUUUCUUAGCAAACUGGGGCAGAGCAUCUCCAGGAAACGAACUCCAAAGGAUAAAAAGGAGAAGGAACUGGAUGGUGCAGGAAAGAGGAGAAAGACCAGUCAGUCAGAGGACGAGGAAGCCCCCCGAAGCUAUAGGGAGGAGAGGCCCACACUUGUGAGCGCUCUGACAGAAAGGAGAAUUGAUGCUGCCAUCGGGAACCAGAACAAGGUGAAGUCCAUGGCAACCCAGCUGCUGGCCAAAUUCGAGGAGAAUGCACCAGUGCAGUCCACAGGCUUACGGAGACAGCCUGUCCUGCCUUAUCAGGAACGUGUUCACAACCAGCUAUCCUGCAGACAGCGAGAGCAGGGCCGCCUUGCUCCCAUGCCUCAGUGGAAACAGCUGAGGACUAAGGAGCGUUCACGGACCUGCCCUAAAAAAGUGAUCAUGCUCUCUCCUUCCUCUUCUCCACCUUCCUCUCCAUGGUAUCCCAGCCAGCAGACAAACAGGGAGCCUGGUGCUGACCCCCCUGGGGAGCAGAGUCCCAGACAGGAAAGGAUAUCUCCUCAGGUUUUUUUUGGUGACCAAGUGCCUGAGCAAACACUGAAUGUUGAGCAGAGGGCAUGUCAACUGGCUGCCCUCCUGGAGCCGAGGCCGACAAUCAGGCAUCAGCCAGAGACUGAACCGUCUCGUCGAUUCUUUGUUGACCAGUGGGAGCGCUCCCUUAGCCUCCGCACUACCAACCGCCCUUCUUCACCCUCAUCUGACUCUCUCCGACAGAAGUAUAUAAAGAUGUACACAGGCGGAGUGAGCUCAUUGGCUGAGCAGAUAGCCAAUCAGCUUCAAAGGAAAGAACAGCCCAAAACCCUUCUAGACAAGAAGGAACUGGGCUCACUCAAAAAGGAGUUCCCCCAGAAUUUGGGAGGCAGUGAUGUCUGUUACUUCUGCCGCAAGCGGGUCUAUGUGAUGGAAAGGCUGAGUGCUGAAGGCAAGUUCUUCCACCGUAGCUGCUUCAAGUGCGAAUACUGCGCCACCACCCUGCGCUUAUCGUGUUACGCCUACGACAUUGAAGAUGGUAAAUUCUACUGUAAACCUCACUACUGUUACCGACUCUCUGGUUAUGCUCAAAGGAAGAGACCAGCAGUGUGUCCUCUGUCAGGAAAGGACAACAAAGGAUCCUUGCAGGAAGCCAUGGCAGCUGAAGCAAGUGGACGGACAAAUUCCAUAGCCAUUUCGGCAGAGAGGACUCCAGGUCCUAAUGUCAAUGGAUUGGAGGAGCCCAGCCUGGCCAAGAGGCUGCGUGGCACGCCUGAGCGCAUUGAGCUGGAAAAUUACCGGCUGUCACUGCAGCAGGAAGAGGAACUGGAAGAGGUUCCUGAGGAGACCCUGGCAGAGCAUAAUCUGAGCAGUGUACUAGACAAAGGAACAGAAGCGGACGUGCCCAGCAGUAGUUCAGAAUCUGAGAUGGAGGAAGAGGAGGAGGAGGAGGAAGAGGAAGAAGAACCGGAGCAGCCACAGCUGCCUACCUCAGACCUGGGAGGUGUGCCGUGGAAAGAGGCUGUGCGAAUCCACGCUCUUCUGAAGGGAAAGAGCGAGGAAGAGCUUGAAAGUCAGAAAAACCACGAGGCUGAAGACCAGGAAGAGGAGGAGGAAGAAGAGGAGGACGAAGAGUCUAGUGAAGAGGGAGAGUAUUACCCUUGGGCGAGAGAGCUCCAGCAAGGCCUCUGGCUUCAACGUCUCUCAAAUGAAGAGGACACGGGUACUUUUAAAGCUGGAAACCUGAGGCUACAGCAGAUUGUAAAUCCGAUUGAUCCCCUGGAGAUCCUGGCAGAUGUGCACUGGACACACAUCCGCGAGAAAGAGGAGGAGGAAAAAAUGGUCCCAAUUUCAAAGUCCUCCACCUCCAGAGCAUCCGACCUUCCCUCCGUACACCGUGAGGCAGUGCAGGCAUGGCUGGAGACGGUCUCUGGAGCCCCAUUUGAGGAGAAUGAAGUGGAGGAUGAGGUGGGCACAGAACCAGCAGAUACAGAAGGGGAAGCAGGCGAAGAUGGAGACACAGGUGCAGAGCUGGAUGAUGAUCAAAGGUGGUCAGAUGCCACCCCAUCUGAUGAAGAAGAUGAGUGUCACUUACCUCAAGGGGACGUGGAAGAGCCAGAAUUGAAAGUCUCUGAGGAUGAGGGUGAGCGAGAGGCCACUGCUCCCUGCAGUCUGAUAGAAGAUCCAUGCAAACCCUCCACCCCCAUCUGGUCACCCAACGAGACCACUGUUCCUCUGUCCCCAGUUGGUAGUCCCAGUGCAGAACAAAUAGAGAAGGCAAAGGAUCCCCUCACGGCACUGCCCUGCAUGGACAAAUCUCCAGAAACACGCUUUUUUCCUGAACCAUUCCUCCUUGAAGAAAGUCCAAAAGAUGAAAUCCGUGAAGAUCAGAAAGUUAAAAGCCCUUCUGUCUCUCUCUCUCCAAUACGGUCCCAACCAGUUGCAUUGCCAGAAGCCAUCACACCUACAUCACCAGUGCAGUCUCAGACUUCAUCCUCCCCCUCUGCCCAGUUGCCUAUCUGUUCCCAGCCUUUGCCAUCUGCUGAAGCAUCCAUUCCAUCUCCAGUGGGACCUCCAGUGUGCUUUCAGCCCGUACCAGCCUUAACAUCCACCCCUCUGGCCCAACUUGCCCUAAAGAGCCAAGAUAAUGAGGUGGAAAAAUUGAGGAGCCCUACUACUGCAGAAGAAGCCCUGAAACGGAAUAACCUCGUAGAAGAGUUCUGGAUGAAGAGUGCUGAAAUCCGGAGGAGUCUGGGGCUUACUCCAGUGAAGAGAAGCAAAGGGUCAGAGCCUAGCUUCACUGUCUCAGCCCUUGAGUCAGCUCCACUGAGUGUUUCAGAGGAGAAGGGGAUCCAUCUUCUAAAACCCCAGCCUGCCCCAAGAAGGCUGAUCAUGUCCAAACUAGACAGUGAGCAGAUGUCUCUGCUGACUCCAAAAUCUCCCUCAGACAAAGAGCUGAAGAGUUCCAAUGAAGUAAAGAGAGACUUAUCCAGCAGCUCUGGAUUGGGUCUGCAUGGGAGCUCAUCCAACAUGAGGACAUUGGCCAGCCAGAGCUUCAAUACUUCCGACUCCACUAUGCUCACUCCACCAUCAAGCCCUCCCCCACCACCUCCUCAAAAUGAAGCACCAGCAACUUUGCGUAGAAAGAGACAUCAGACAAUUUGGCUGAAUGAGACAGAGUCUAAGCCAGCACCAACACCAACACCUCCUGCACCCUCACCUGAUGAGCACAACCCUCCUGCCAAAGAGUCUACCCAGGUCUCAAAAGAAGAAGUGCGGAAGUCAUUUGUGGAGAGUGUGGAUGAGAUUCCAUUUGCUGAUGAUGUGGAAGACACUUACGAUGAGAGAACUGAGAAUACAAGUCUUCAUGAGAAGUUCUUUACACCUCCUACCAGUAGGCAAAGGCCAGAGAAGCCUCUUCACCUGCCAUUGGUCAAAGAGAAUGGUGGACCACCAUCAAUGGAAGGAGGAGCGAACCAAAGAAAGAGAGUGCUGCCUCAAAUCUCUCCAGAAGCCAAGGAGCUAGCUGAGGAAAGAAUGAGAGCCAGAGAGAAGUCUGUAAAGAGUCAGGCAUUGCGGGAUGCCAUGGCUAAGCAGUUGUGUAAGAUGAAAGAUCUGGAGGCAGCUGCAGCUGCUGGGGCCACCAAGGCACGAAAAGCCUCCUCCAUGCCCUUGAAGUCCAAAGAGAGGGUUUUUGAGUCCUCAGCACAUUUGGCCAUGAAAGUACCGGAGGGCCCCACACUGAAACAUGAUGCUGCUAAUGAAAAGUUCCUCUCCCCCCCUGCUGACAUUGCGGGGCCCGAAGGGUCCGUCACCUCCUCAGAUUGCUCCAGUGGGAAAAGUAAGAAAAGGACUUCUCUCUUCUCCCCUCGUAAGAACAAAAAGGAGAAGAAAUCCAAGAAUGACAGCCGGCUUUCUGACAAAUCCAGUGGCCUGGCCGAGGAAGCCACCAAGCCCAGAUCAUUGUGGAAGUCUGUUUUCUCUGGAUAUAAGAAAGACAAGAAGAAAAAGACUGAUAACAAAUCCUGCCCUAGCACUCCCUCAAGCGGUGCCACAGUUGACUCUGGGAAGCACAAGGUCUCUCCAAUGGUUAGAGCAGCAGAUUUGCAGCUCCGUCGACACUUGAGUUUCUCAGAGGACUCUGACCUCUCCAGUGAUGACGUUCUCGAACGAUCUUCUCAGAAAUCCAAGCGAGAGAGAGCCUACACUGAGGAGGAGCUGAACGCCAAACUGACCAGGCGAGUGCAAAAAGCUGCCCGGCGACAAGCCAAGCAGGAGGAACUAAAGAGGUUACACAGAGCGCAGAUCAUCCAACGGCAGCUGGAGCAGGUAGAAGAGAAGCAGAGGCAGCUGGAGGAAAGGGGGGUUGCAGUGGAGAAGGCCCUUAGAGGAGAAGCAGACUAUUGGGGAGAGUCUUAUUACAGUGACCUCAUCGACUUGCACCUGGGUGGCAUGGGGAAGAAGGAUGAUCCAAAGCUGAUGCAGGAGUGGUUCAAGCUGGUGCAGGAGAAGAAUGCUUUGGUGCGCUACGAGUCUGAGCUGAUGAUAUUUGCUCGAGAAUUAGAGCUGGAAGACAGGCAGAGCCGGUUACAGCAGGAACUCCGGGAGAGGAUGGCAGUGGAAGAUCACCUGAAAACAGAUGAGGAGCUGUCAGAAGAGAAGAGGAUCCUGAACGAGAUGCUAGAAGUCGUGGAGCAGAGAGACUCUCUGGUGGCCCUCCUUGAGGAGCAGCGGCUUCGAGAAAAAGAGGAGGACAAGGACCUGGAAGCUGUUAUGCUGUCCAAGGGCUCUAGCUUGAACUGGUCCUGAGCUAACAUACUCACCUCUUCUGGUCUGUGCUAUCCAGUUGGCCUAUGCUGAGUUUGCCAGAACUACCUAGAUCGAGAGAUCUUGAGGGAGAAACCUUGUUAGGGGUUCUGCAGCAUGCAGGAAUUCAGUUUGAAGCACCCAGAAGCCUUUUGAUAAGUGGGUUUGGUUCUAGAGGCUUGGAUCCUGCACAGCGUCUGCGAACCAAGCUGAAGACGAUGGCCUGAGAUUGCGCAGUCUCCUUGGGGUCCUGUACAAGGAGCCAUUAGGAUUUGUGAUAUGAGGGAAAAGGGUAAACUUUUUGUGGAGGGAUUUAUUACCUUUUCAUGGGGAAAAACCCUUAACCAAACUGGAUUUGCUGCAGUCUGAUUUCUCUCCCUUUUUCACUAUUAGCAUUUUUUAAUAAGAAGGAGAGAAAUGGCUCUCCGCUCCUGAAAACCACAGCAGCCUGUAGCAGUCCUUGAGGGAGUUAACCAGCUAAAGGAGAGCUCCCGAAACCCAGAGCAGCACCUUCUUUGUUCUAUUAUUCCUCCCCACCAAAGAAACAAACCUGAGGAGAGCAUUAUGUAUGGAUGUGAAGGAACACUGAAAAGAGAGAACAUUGGUGGUGUGUGUGUUUGAAACCUCUUCUGUCCAUCCUGGCUUUUGCAGAGACAAGGGCCUCAGAGGAGACACGCUCACUCUCUCUAUCAUACUCUCCAGAGUUAUGCUUGUGAGAAGAAGAGUAGAAAAAGAGUGGAGAAUUCUCACCCACUUGGCUACACACUGGACAGAGAGCUACUGCUGGUCUUGUGUCUUCAUGGCCACUGUUCAAAGGCCAAUAAGUUUCUCUGGUUUGUUUUUUGUUGCGACCAUUUUGACACUGGAAAAUACUGACUUUGUGGGACAAUGGUAAGUGUUUUGAGGGGGGAGGGGAUCGUCAAACAGCAUUCCCUGGCUUUUAAACCCAGAGAGGGAGCCACCUCUGGAUGAAACGUUGUUGAGACUCUUCCGUGUUUGUUUUUCCCCUCUCUUUUUCAUUUUUGCAUGUCAGAAAUGAAGCAAGACCUGCCUGGGUCCUCAGUCACCUUGACCCUUUUACGUCAAUUAACUUAUUUUUUUAAUACUUGAAAGAAGAUUCAUUUUUGUACCUUUUAAGAAACAAAUGGACAAGUGAGUGAUGGGUGUGUGCCUGCUGCAUCCCACAACCUCUGCUUCUAUAUUACAGGACUCUUGUAACCUGUGGCUAUUUAUUAGUAUUGUUAUUAAUAAUGUUAAUGUUACACUUCUUGGGUCGGGGAGGAGUGUGUGUUUUAACUCUAGGGGAGCAAGACACUACCACAAAUUGGUCCCUGCUUUGCAUAUAGGGCAGACUUCAUGGACUCAUGUAUGCAUCCUGCCCUAGGCCAAGUCCUUUUUAUGGUGAACUCCUGCACAUCCAUGGAGUUGUGAGAAUCCAGUAGUGUUCAUAGCAGAUUUUACCUCUGUAUCCCAGAUUCCUUCUUUCUGAACUAACCAACCUGUAAUUUAUUUGAAUACCAUUAAUAGUUUGUAACAAGAAAACCAAAAUUGUGACCUAAAAAUUAUCCCCCCACCAAUGUCUCCCUUCCACUCAGAGGGUGAACCCUGCCAUUGUAAGAACUGCCUAGAGUGACUCCUUAGCAAAUUAGGCACAUUUCUUUCUGCAUCUGCCAAAGCAGGCUCCUUUCUGCUCCACUCCCAGAGCUGCUGCCUUUGAUUCGAGAGGGUGCCUGUUGUUCUCCUACUUGCAGUAGUGGGCAGGACAUACACUGAGCAAUCCAGUUACCAUGCUGGGAAGGACUCUGCCAUCUGUCACCAUUUGGCAGGCUCCAAAAGUACACUAUAUCCUUAACCCAUCCCACUGGGCAUAGGGCAUGAUGCCAGGCAUCCCGCUUAACUUUGAAUUUCCUAGCCGAGUUUGGUUUGUGUCACAUUCUUAGCAUGAUCCAUUGUUAGUGUGUUUUUCUCUGGGGUUUAACAGCAAAGGAAGAUAGCUAAGCUUGCUUCCCCCGGUAUCUGAGAGCGAGUGUCCCAUUCCCAAACAAAUCCAUACAGCACCAUUGAGAUUGCUGACGCCAUAGCCUGGAGGACAGCCUGGUGGUGGAGCAGACACACAAUCAGUGGAGUUCUUCUCAUUUAAUCUUCUGCCGUAUCCAAAAUGGAUUCUCCCUUCUGCUUUGGGGAGACUUCUUGAGUUACUCGCUUCCAGUGUUUGUAAACGACAUGAAUCCUUCCUUUUUGGCCAUCUGCUCCCCCCCAGCAGAGUCCUCCGGUUUCCUGUGGGAGCUUGGAGGAGCCCCAUGUCUGUUUUCUCGACUUUGCACCACUGUUAGGGACCCAUGCCAUGCCCACUGUACUUCAAGCAGAGGAAGAAUGAAUGGGACACUCUUCAGAGACCAUCUGCAAAGCAGUUUAGUUGGCUGCGGAAACAUACUUUCUCCCACCCAACCCCAGCCCAGCUAGCAGGGGCUGAGCAAGCAGUCUCCUGUGCUUCCUGCUCUUUCCAUCUGGGAGUAUGUGACCACAAAUUAAAUCCAAGGUUUAGCACAGCAAUGCAGAGAGUCAGCCACUGUGUUACUUAACAGUGCACAUGCUAGAUAUCCAGAGCAAAACUCCUGUGAAGUGCUGGCAUUCCAGUGGAAUGUCUGCACGUAGACCUUCACCCGUCUGUGUAGUGAAGGUGCAAGCUGUAGCUGCAGACCCAGCAGGGGGAGUUACACACACUGUUUUUGUAGGUUGCAGCACAAAAAUAGUGACUUCUAUACACACACACACACACACACAAUUAGGGUGGCUCUUGCUGCCUGUUUUCCUAAAACCAGCCUCGACCCAUUUUAAUAGCACACAGUGUUUGAGGAACACAGCUGAUUUAGGACUGGAGAUCAUUAAAUAUGCACUGCAAAUAAAAAACCAAAAAGCUACCCUGCCCUCAUUUAUGCUGUACAAAAAGAGCCUCUUGACAUAAUAUUUUUUAAAUUGCUAGUGGCUUGUUAUAGAAGAAAUAUGAGGUUCUCACUUUUCUCUUUGUGCUGGUGGACUUGAAUAGUGAUGUCACACAAGGUUCUAAUGGGACAACAGCCCUCCCUGCCCCCAGCAAAAGGGUGGUGUGGAGAUGCGUGUUCUUAAACUCUGCAACCCUUCAGGUCUCACUGGCCUCAGAGGAGAAAGUAAGGACCUAAUGCAUAUGUAAAAAGAAAAACAAUUUACAAUCAAAAUUGAGGCCUGUUUUACAUCAUAAAACUCUAAAGGGCACAUUUUGUAUUUGCAGUUCAGUUAAUUUUUUAAAAAAUCCAACACAUAAGCACUAGUUUUUAACUAAAAAAAUAUAUUUUUUAGAAUGAAAUAUAGAGACUCUUGUCACAUGAAACCAUCUGGGUGCGUAUUUUCAAACUGCCUUCUUCGCAGCCGCUUCUGAGCAAGGUGUUCUACAGAGCUGUCCCUUGGGUAGGGAAAAUUGGGGUGACCACUUUGCAGGGCCCCGCGCGCCAGCGCGAUUGACCAGUGCGGUCAGUCGUGAAGGAGAUAAAUGUCACUUCCGCCCUGGGCCCUGCUCUCCCCUAGGGACGGCCCUGGUGUUCUAACUCUUUGAGCUAGUAGAGAUGGAUAACAGCAAAACUGUGGCAAUGUUCACUCAGUGAUACGUGCUGCCUUGAAUGUGAGGGAGGCCAAAGGCCUUCAGCCUCGGAGAAAUAUGCAUCUAUUAGUACAAGUGUGUGUUGCUAUAGAUGGUACUAACCAGACCAUGGGCUGGCUCAGCAAUGGGGUGAAAGCUGAGUUUGGAACUUCAGCGCCAUGUCUAUUCCUAAACUGGCUAAGACUGGGGACAUGCAGGAGGCACGGUACUCUGUCCCUGAGGAGGAAGGAGUCCUAGGCUUCAGACUGCUCGGAUGUGGAUGGAGGACAAUCCAGCCCUGGGCUAGAGGGACAGGUUCAACCUAAUGUGAAGCCCUAACCCUUGCUGAGGAGAGGAAAGAAUGAAAGAGGAAACGGGGAUGAGGGAGAGUCCCCAGCCAAAAGAAUUGUUGUUCUUUUUUUAUUUGGGGCAAUAAUAAUUUUAAAACUGAUUUCCAAACAAAAAUCUCAUCUCAUGUGAACGAGAAUAUCUUUUAAUAUGGAUUCCUUUUUAAGUAAUUCACCAAUGACUGUAAAAGCCACCAGGGUUGUGUCCCAAGCUUCAACCCAAACUGCUGCCCCUGUGAUAGAUGGCCUUAAGCUGCUCUUUGAAAAGAAACUUGCAUUUUAGAUGAAAAAUGUAUUUUAGGAAUUGGAAGAGGGGUAGGGGUCGAUCUGAGAUUUGAAAAACAAACUGCAUUGACUAAUUAUAAUCCCUUAGGGUGUCUCUCUGCCGCAGGGGGGAGAGAGCCUCCCAGCCCCGGUAGACAGACACAGACUAGCUCUGCAUGAGCUAGCAUGCUAAAAAUAGCACUGUAGACAUUGCAGCACAGGCUAGCCACCCAAGUACAAACCUGUCUGAGCCCGGUGGCUAGUCCUUGCUGCCACCCUUGCCGUAAUGUCCACGCUGCUCUUUUGUGUGUCUCUGCCUGAGCUGGGAGGCACCUUCCGAGCUGCACUGUGGAUAUAACCUUAGUGCCUGAUCCUGCAAACAACAUACUACUGGGCAUAGCUCUGACCACUAUGAGGAGUCCCUUCAGGGGGACAACACAUUGUAGUAAGUACUAUUCUUGAUAAGUCUUUGCAGCAUUGGGCACUUAGCUAAAUAGAUGUUACAAAAUGUUUCAAGCCAGCUUCUAGAAUCCCUGUCACUUGUUCAGUUUCUCCAACACAUGGGGAUUAUCUUUCUCAGUAGCACCUGCCCCUUUGAUGCUGCGUCUCUGCUGGGAUCUCAUGAUGACUCAGAAUUGGGAAGUUCUAGAAUACGAUAACAAAAAUACAUAUCUGUAUAAGACUUGCCUUACAACUUUUGAAGCUUUCCUGUAUUUUCCGAUGGCAGUGCUGAUCUCUUCAACUCUACGUUAAUUCAUCCUGACUUCUUGUUUGGUAAUUAAUUGUUUUUCAAUUCUGUUCAAGAUAUUUAACAUUUAUUUUUUACUCAUUUACUCUUCUUCCCACCGAACAUAGGAUCUUUCUUCUUCUUGUACCAUAGUCUCCGAGAACAGCUCCCACCUGAAGCAAGGUGAUUUCAGGAAUGUGACGUCAGGAAUGUGAUCACUGUUGGGAGCACAGUACCCAGUGUACAGCCCUGCCUGCUGUGGGCGGUUGCAUGCAACAAGCUCCACAGCUUUUAAUUUCCAGUCUCUGAAAGUGAGCAUUAAAAAUAGACCUUGAUGGCAGUAUGUUUAGCUCCUGUGGUCAGUCACAAAUGCUCCCUCCCGCCCCAGCCUCAUCCAGUAAUCCAUCCCUCCCCAGACAGAGUCUAAACUACUACAAUGCAGGAAUAAAUAGGGCCCUAAUGUUUCACUAAGGAAAAAUUCCUGAUAUCCUUUUCCUUUAAUAAUUUUGUUGCUUGUUCCUGACUGUAUUGGUAUGAGAAAAGUUGCUAUGGUUAAGUAAUCCUGAUUUUAUACGCAUGGCUGAUGCAUUGUGCCCUGAUUCCUUUGACUAGUCUUAUAAAAUGAAAUUAAAUAAUCCUCAUCUUUGAGAAAUGACUCCUUCUGCUACAGGUCUCUCUGCAUCAGAGAUGUUCCCCCAGUCACUAGAAAGGUUAAACAUUCAUGAAUUGCCCAUGCAAUAACCACUCUGAAUCUUGCCCUCCUCUUCCCUUUGUGAGCGUCUGAAAUCUCAGAGGUAGAACAGCAAGAGAGCUAAAUACUGGCUUCAUAUUUCCUAAUGCACUUUGUGGGCUGAGCUGAAGAACCGCUGGGGCCAGCUCAUGGAGUGUGCUGCCGGGAGUUAAGUUCCCCUGUGCCUGGGAUGAGGUUCCCCUGAAGUACUGGACAGAGUCAGACUCCCCUGUACCUACAGUGGGAACAGACACCUCCACUCUGAGGAGCAAACUAAGAUGAGGCCAGCGCUUGUGCUCAGGGCUGGGAUUAGGUUGAGAAGAGGGAUCAUCCUUUCAGAGGGGCAACUUGGCAGCCUGUCCUUGUGCACCUGUGAAUCGUGAGAGUCAGUGCAACUUGGUGAGGCCCAAACCCUCUAAAGAGCUGUGCUUGCCUACCUAUACCAUGUCUGCUCUGGAGAUCAUUCCUCCAGAGAAAAACCGUGCAAAGGGAAGGACAUGAAUAUCUUUCAGCUCUAACUUCCAAAUACAAUUUUGUCUUUUUAACUUAAUCAAAACUCCACUGUCCAAUUGUGGCUGGACAGUGGCUCCUCUUCUUGCAAACUCCACUGCUAAACAUAUCAAGAUAGGACUAUAGAACAACAGCAGGUUUUUAAACAGUCAGGUGAAUCUGUUUUUCUCUCCCUCUGUCUCUGCAUUUCCUGUAAAUAUUUGUUUGUGUGUUGGCUGUACAAACACCAAUGGAUCCUUGGUUCACCCUGGUGGUCAAAAAAUGAGUUUUGCAGUGUCCAGGCCUCCAUCAGAACACAGUGCUUGCACAAAGCUAGUUAGCAUGUUUGUCUGCACUUUGUGGUGGUUUUUAAUAUUUUAUACAUCCUAAUCAAGAACAUUUUAGAUCAUUUGAAAGGUCUAGAUUGCAUGAUCUGGAGCAGCCAUUGGUUCCAUUUUUUAACAGUUGAUCCUACAACAUUCACCACCGCCUUCUUUGGUUAAAACUUUAAAAAUGAAUUUUUGAUUAACUGUUUACAUCAGAUGCUGAUGGAUAAGAAGCAUUGCAUAAUUUAAUCUCAUAUGUAAAAAUGUGAAAAGCCACAACAUGGCUCUCAGGAGUUGGAACUGUUACCAUCUGCAAUAAAAAGAAGUCUCUAAGUAUACCGUGAAAUGGCCUGUAUAUAAUUCAUGGGAGAAAUCACUUCCUCUUUGGCUGAUGGACGAUAACAGAGAUUAGACGCUUUCUGAAUGUUCCUGCUUUUGGAGAUGCUUAGAACGGUGCUAUAUAGGCAGUGGAAUUGAACAGACAAGGAUGUCAUGAAAGGUGUAGAUGUGAAGGAGAAAAUGCCAUGUUAUGAUGGCACUGCAGUAAUUGAAAUAAUUUUCUCUCUUGUAUGUGUGUGUGUGUGUGUGUGUGUGUGUGUGUGUGUGUGUGUGUGUGUGUGUGUGUGUGUGUGUGUGUGUGUGUGUGUGUGUGUGUGUGAAGUGCAGUCCAGUUGAAGGGAUUUGCUUUGGCAUCUUCCCCUUGGGAUGUGAGUGAACUCUGAUAUUCAGACUGUUCAAGGCUUUUAUAGUUGGUGAGUGUGGAGUGUUAACAGGAAAGUGUGUACCCUACAUGUAUAAAACACCCAGCCUGUUUUCCUUGGUUUGGUUGUGUUUUAAUUUUUGUUUAUUAUGCACACUUGCUUUGUUGGUGUUGAGAUUUUAGCACCUCAGGUGGCCAACUGAACUAAAAAAUAAAGUCAUUCAUUAUUUUUUUCUUUU